AUGAUAUCAUAUUUUGAUCCAAAUAAAGAUUUAUAUGUUUUUUGUGGAAGAGAUCCUUUGCCUCCAUCAGUUUUUGUCUCUUUAGAUUGUUUAUUAAAUUAAAGAAUGCUUGAAAUAAAAAUUAGAACUGGAUAGAAAAAUCUUGUUGAUUAAUUAUUCCAAGAAUAAGUAAAUAGAUAAGAAUACGAAGAUAAUAUCACAAAGAUAGGAUAUGAUUUACAGAGUAAUAGUACUAAUACAGUAAAAAAUAAUUAAUAAAAAAGUAAUAGAGUGAAAGAAAGAAAAAUAUCAGAAGUUAUUGAAAAGGUGGCUUUAUGGAGAAGAUUAUAUUCUGGAUUUUAUGAUGAAAACGGGAAAUUUGUUAAUAUGCCUUUAGAAGAAGCUGCAAAUAAAGUGGGGAUUUCAAAAAAAACUUUAGAUGAUUAUUUAUUAUAAAUAAGAUGUGGAAAAAAAUAUGGAUUUAACUUUAAUUCAAAUGCUAAUUAAAGGAUUGGAAUUUUAAGGACUUUUGUUAAAUAAUAUAAGGAUAAAUCGAAUAGUAAUUAAUAAUAAAAAUGA